GUGUGUCGAGAGGCUUUAUGAGGUCUUCAGAGCGUCUUCUCUGUCUCUGGGGCAGGUAUGGAGGAGCCGGUGGACACGGAGCGAGGCUUCUUCAGGAAAGUGAACGUCCCCGAUCACGCACACUACAUAGUGGCCUUCUUCGUGGCCAUCAUCGGGGCCGUGGGAGUGAUCGGAAACAUGCUGGUCAUGUACGCUUUCUUCAGCAACAAGAAGCUCCGGACUCCCCCGAACUACUUCAUCAUGAACCUGGCAGUGAGCGACUUCCUCAUGGCCAUCACUCAGUCGCCCAUCUUCUUCGUCAACUGCAUGUACAAGGAGUGGGUGUUCGGUGAACUGGGCUGCAAGAUGUACGCCUUCUGCGGCGCUCUGUUCGGCAUCACGUCCAUGAUCAACCUCCUGGCCAUCUCCAUCGACCGCUACGUGGUGAUCACCAAACCCCUGCAGGCCAUGCGCUGGACGUCUGGACGCCGGACGCUCGGCAUCAUCCUCCUGGUCUGGAUCUACUCUCUGAGCUGGAGUCUGGCUCCUCUUGUGGGAUGGAGCUCCUAUAUCCCAGAAGGCCUCAUGACGUCGUGCACGUGGGACUACGUGACGUCCACGCCGGCCAACAAGAGCUACACGCUGAUGCUCUGCUGCUUCGUCUUCUUCAUCCCGCUGGGAGUCAUCUCUUACUGCUACUUCUUCAUGUUCCUCGCCAUUCGGAGCACCAGCAGGGACUUGGAGAAGCUGGGCAGUCACGUGAGGAAGACGGCGCUCCUCCAGCAGCAGUCCAUAAAGACGGAGUGGAAGCUGGCGAAGAUCGCGUUCGUGGUCAUCAUCGUGUUCGUCCUGUCCUGGUCUCCUUACGCAUGCGUGACUCUCAUCGCCUGGGCGGGGUACAGCCACGUUCUCACGCCGUACUCCAAGGCGGUUCCCGCGGUCAUCGCCAAAGCGUCGGCCAUAUACAACCCCUUCAUCUACGCCAUCAUACGCUCCAAGUACAGAGACACGCUGGCCGAGAAGGUGCCCUGUCUGCAUUUCCUUUCCCAUUCGUCACGGAAAGACUGCGUCUCGGUGUCCAACAGCGAGUCUUCCUUCAAGGAGCCCAUGCUCAGUCGACAGUCUUCAGGGUCAAAGGUCAGGUUCCAGCGGGUCUCCUCGAUGUCCACCGCAGACACGGUCUGGAGCGAUGUGGAGUUAGAUCCCGUGGACCAAAGGGCUCUCAGAAACUCACAUUCGGCCAGUCUCCUGAGAGACGAGCAAUGGAAGACGCAACCUAAACCAGACAAGACAAAGACCAAGAGGCGACAAGAGGAAAACCACGGUGAGGAGAAGCCUGCAGCCACGGAGAGCGGCCUUGACCUGGCGUCCGAGUCCGUCAACAUGGCCGCCGUCCCUCUCCUUCUCCUCGCGGCCAGAAACGCUCCAGGGGAGGAACAGGAGGACAGUCUUUCUCUGAGCGACGCUCUGGCUUUUUGCCAAGACGCUCAGGAGCCACAACUCAUCACCAGCCCCUCCGCGUCGGAGCCGAGCGGAGGAGAUCGGUUACUGCUGGACCUCGAGAGCCUGAACUGCUCCGGCGAGCUUCUGGAGUCGGUGGAGAAACUCCUCUCCUGAGAGCUGAGAGAUCGUCUUCCCUGAAGACGCUUGAGAAGCAUUUUAGUUGAAGAAGCAAUCGGACCUCAUUACGUCGCAUCGGAAAGACCAGCUACGCUUUCACCCCUCAGAUAUACUUCACACUUUAGCCGCAGGGUGCACUGUAGAAGUAGUUAAGAGAAACACAAGCACGUUUGCCCCGUGGCCGCACACAACCAGUUCAAUGUUCUGGCUUCGGUGCGAGUUAAGCUCUACAGAAAACGAGCAACGCAAGUCAAGCAGGAGUUUUAAAGCAGAAUUAAGUUUUUGUUAAAACACCGAAUCAUUCGGCGGAAACCUUUGCAUUGCUAGUUAUUCUCUGAGAUCCUGGCACGCGCGAUGAAGACGAGUUAGUCCCACGUGAACAUGCAUUCGAGAACAAGGUGUUUUCCAAGCAGCAAUAAGCAGAUAAAUAACCGCAUUCGUCAAUUUUCAGCUAGAAGCAGCUCUGCAGGAGUUCAGUUCAGCGUCCGUUCACUUAAGAUUAAUUAACAGCCUGGAUACUGCAAAGUUCAUCAGUGAAGAAACCGCUUCAUUUAGUUCAACGGUGUUUCAGUUCUUCACUUGGACUUCAGGAUGUGCCGGUCUUGUUUUUUGGGUGUUUUUAUUAGCGUCUGAUUUGCGUGCUGCUGUCGUAAGUGCUUUAACGUUUUGUAAAUCAAAUGUGGAGUCAUUUUUUUGUUAACGGACAUCACAGGACAAAUCUUCACGUUCUCGAAACUUCUUGUAGUCACCUUUGCUAGAACCUUCGAGAGGCUUGCGAGGAAAGAUAUAAGCUCUUGUGUAAGAUACAGCAUGAAACAAACAAUCUCCGUCAUGACUUAGAUUUGCAUUCAUGCAUCUAAGACAAAAAAAAAACACAACAUAUAGCUUAUCAUGUUUGUUGAAGCCUGUCUUGUUUUUUUUUUUAAACGCUUCUCAAUUCAAACUCCAAGUUUUGUGCACAUGCCCUACGUUAUCAUUAUUAUGAAUAUUAAUCGUGAGAUUGAAAAAUGCAAGAGCUUUAUUGUUUUCUGUACAGUGAAACGCUGCAUUCGUUUGUUAAACGAACAGUGAACAAAAAUCCAGGAUUAUUCGUUUCCGCUAAAAUUGAGUGUUCUGAUAUUAUGCUAAUAAUCUUUUUGGGUAGUUGUUGCAUCGUCACAAUGACUUCAAUUGAUUCAUUGUGAUUUGAGGUUUUUAAAAACAUAAAAUGACCUUUUUUUUGUGUUUUACUUUGCUUCAUAAAGGUUCGUGAGCGUACCUAUUACUGCACGUCGUGUCAUGGUAUAGUGAUAAUAUCAAAUUUAUGCAUACUGUAGUAAAACUGUGUUCGCUUAUGCGUGGGUUUCUAUUUAUUGCUUGCAUAAACUGUUAUGUUUCAUUAUCUGGGAUGUCAAAGCAAAGUCAAGCAAACAGCCUCACGGUGUCUUCUUCCUCCGAAUCAUCAAUAAAUCUCCGUCGCAGAACAACACCAUUGAUUAAACGUCAGUCUUCAUUUACCAGCCCUUUCUUCACGGGUUUGGUGAGGGUCGACGCGUUCCUGACAGAUCUGAGGGAAAUGUAUAGAAAGGCGGCAAAAGCUGAGAUCAUUAAUGUUAAUGAUGUAACCGAGUAUUUAUUUUACCCCACCUUUUUGCAAACUAAACGUUCCACCUCCUUUAAAAAUGUUUUGCCGCAUUGUUUGUAUUAGCCUCGCACUUUCCAACACGAUUAGCUGAGAACAGCUUAGCUAAG